CAAGUCCCUGCGGGCUUCGAUUAAAGUUGACAUCUUUUCUUCGUUCGUAAAUAAUACACAGUUGUGCAAUCUCAUCCUGGAAAAUCGACUAAUAUCCCUCGAAUAACCAUAUUUAAGGAUUAUGGCUGGAACAUCUGAGCAAAUAGCUGCUAUAGUCAAACGAGCAAGGGAUGAGUUUAGAAGUGGUAAGACCAGAGAGUAUGAAUUCAGAAGACAGCAGCUCAAGAACAUGGUCCAACUCCUGGAAAAGCACGAAGAUGAGAUUGUCGCUGCAUUAAAAAAAGAUCUGUGUAAGCCCAGACAAGAAACAGUCAUUGCUGAAAUUCUGCUAGCUAAGAAUGAUGCCAUCUUAGCCUUAGAAAAGUUGUCAGAGUGGAUGAAGCCACAGCCAGUAGAGACUGGUAUUGUCAACAAGAUGGACACAUGCUAUAUCAAGAAUGAGCCUUUGGGCGUUGCACUUAUAAUAAGCGCAUGGAAUUACCCUGUCCAGCUGAUCUUUCUACCUCUUGUGGGGGCAAUAGCUGGAGGAAAUUGUGCUGUACUGAAACCAUCAGAAGUGGCUUCUGCUACUGCCCAACUUGUUGCAGAUCUUGUCCCAAAAUACUUGGAUCCGGAUUGUUAUCCUGUUGUCAAUGGUGGCGUCCCUGAGACCCAGCAACUUCUCAAUCAAAAGUUUGACAAGAUAUUCUACACUGGUGGAAGUGCUGUAGGCAAACUUGUUAUGGCUGCAGCAGCUAAAAAUCUUACCAGAGUAACCCUUGAACUGGGAGGGAAAAGUCCUUGUUACAUUGAUGAGGACUGUGACAUGAAGACAGUAGCAAGACGAAUCUGCUGGGGAAAGUUUACAAACUCUGGUCAGACUUGUGUUGCUCCGGACUAUGUGUUGUGCAAGCCAGGAAUCCAAAGUAAAUUUAUCAAAAGCAUGAAGGAAACUCUGUAUGAGUUUUAUGGAGAGGAUCCCCAUGACUCUGCUGACUAUGGUCGUAUUGUGAAUGACAAGCAUUAUAACCGUCUCAAAGCCCUGUUGACUAGUGGCACCAUUGUUCUUGGUGGAGAUACAGACGACAAGGAGCGGUACAUCAGCCCUACAAUUCUCACUGGUGUCAAGCCUUCAGACCCAGUCAUGGAAAAUGAGAUCUUUGGGCCCAUACUUCCUAUAGUGAGUGUCGACAGUCUUGAUGAUGCCAUUGACUUUAUCAAUGACAGGGAUAAGCCACUUGCUCUGUACAUCUUUUCCAAUAAACAAGAGAGCAUCAAGAGAAUACAGGAGAACACGUCUUCAGGAGGCUUCUGUGCCAACGAUGUCGUAAUCCACGCGGCACUGGAGACGUUACCGUUCGGUGGUGUCGGCGGGAGCGGCAUGGGGGCUUAUCACGGCAAGCAUUCUUUCGAAGCCUUCACGCACAAGAAAGGCUGUAUGGUCAAGAAACUCUCCAUGGAGGCGAUGAACAGCAUCCGCUACCCGCCCUACAAGGAGAAAAACCUCAGCUGGAUCACCUUCCUUGCUGGGCGAUCAGAAAAGCGCGAAGGCGUGGUCUACAUCCCACUCAUGCUCCUAGGCGUGGUGUGCGCAAUCAUGCUAAAGGUUAUGGGUCUUCCCAGGUACUUCCUCUCAAAGUGAUCUACUAGACAUGGGCCCAUGGAUGUUUGCAAGCUCAAGUGGAAGAGAAGGAAGGGAAAACUAGAAUAUUGAGAUGAUUUAGAACAUCUAGCGCACAUAGUGUUCGGAGAGUGUAUCGAUGCAUGGUGAAAAUGGCUUUGUGUUGGUUCGGUAGAAGGUAGCAUGUGGUUGGGUUCCACAGUGCGACGUGCGACGGUAAAUCAAAGAAAAAUAAUUAUAGCGGCAUUGUCAUCGUGAUACAAAAAUAUUAGACGAUAUACUGAACUAUGAUCAAGGUAGCAAGGGGCCCCAGCAUGGAUCCUUCAGGUAAUGGUGAAGGGAUGUUUUAAACUACAUAUCCGCUCAUUGUUAAUCUGUUAAAUUGACAAAUUUUAUAAGAGAAACAAAUAAAAAUGAAAUUACGA